AUGACGCUCUCCACACAAAGCGCCGUGUCUGUCGUGCAGCUAGCUUUCUUCAUCCCUUUUCUCUUUCUCUCGGGAUGGAUGAUUGUCAAGCAUGGCUUCCGCUCGGCGGGUGGUGGCUGGCGGUACAUCACCAUCCUCGGCCUGCUCCGCAUCAUCGGGUCUUCGUGUGAGAUUGCCGGCGAGUCGUCGCCCACCAACAAGAGCCUCCGCACUGUCGUGCUCAUCUGCAACUCCAUCGGUCUUGCUCCUCUGCUGCUGCAAUGUACUGGACUCGUCACCAGGGCCAACAUCUCCAUCAAGUCCCUCCCGAAUCGCUUCUUCUCCAUCGCCAACCUGGUCGGCACGGCCGGUAUGGUCAUCGCCAUCAUUGGCGCCGUCAAGGCCGUCAACUCGACCAGCGGCCAGUUCGAGAUCAAUGACUUCAUGGUCGCUGGCAUCUCCCUCUUCAUCGUCCUCUUCGCCCUCACCCUGCUGGCCGUCGUCUCUAUGGGGACGGGCAUGAGCACCAUCGCCUCCUCCACCCACCGCGAGCACCUCGGCGCGCGGCGCAUCGUCAUGGCCCUCGCUCUGUGUGUGCCCUUCCUCGUCGUCCGCAUCGUGUACGCCUGCAUCGGCACCUACGGCAAGAACACCAACUACAUGCCGGGCAUGGGUGACCCGUUGGUUUAUCUCGGCAUGACCGUCAUCACGGAAAUCAUUGUCGUGUGUAUCUGUCUCGCUCUCGGCAUCAUUCUACCUGCUCCUUCAGACCCCGUGGCGGAGUACAAGGGCUAUGCCGGCAGCGGACGUGUCUAA